AGAGCGUCCGGACCCGGUUACCUUUACUACCACGAUUAACCGAAAACAACACUAAAUAGUUAUUGACAAUGUCCGCCUCCCACCCUCAACCACCAUAUCCCUUGCAUGAGUCCGUCAAGAACCUUUUGAAUCCUGAAUACGUCGCUUUCUACAACCAGCAUGUCAUCAACCUUCAACAAGUGCAUCUUCAGCCCGUCGCUGCAUCGCGAACUAGCGGUGUUUUGAUCCCGGGUGGUGGUCCGUUGCUGGAGGUGGGUAAGACGGAGGAUAUCGCCAUCCAACGGCGGGUUACCGAGGGACCGGAUGUCCAGGUUCGCGUGUUCACGCCCAAGGGUGAGAAGCCGGGGGUUGGAUGGCCGGUGAUGUUGUACUUCCACGGUGGAGGAUGGGUAUUGGGAAACAUCAACACGGAAAAUACGGUGUGCACGAAUCUCUGCGCGAGGAGUAACUGUGUAGUCGUCACGGUGGACUAUCGCUUAGCACCAGAGAAUCCCUGGCCAGCCGCUGUGCACGACUGCUGGGAAGCACUGCUCUGGCUACUCGCAGAGGGCCCCUCGCGACUCUCGGUCAACACCUCCAGAAUGGCUACGGGAGGCUCAUCGGCGGGUGGUAACCUGGCCUGCAUCAUGACCCAGAAAGCCCUAACGCUCUCACCUCCUAUCCGGUUUCUGGCACAAUUGCUCUCCGUCCCUGUCACGGAUAACACGGCGACGGUAUCUACUAACUCCGCAUUCCGGCUAUACGAACACACGCCCGCGCUCCCGGCGGCGAAGAUGGAAUGGUACCGGGACCAUUAUCUCCCCAACGAGGCCGACCGUACCAACCCCGAGGCUAGUCCACUGUUUUAUACCGGGGAUUGGUCGUUGUUACCGCCUGCUUUGAUCAUGGUGGGUGAAUUGGAUGUCCUCCGGACGGAAGGGGAGGAGUAUGGCACGAAGUUGGAGAGCGCAGGGGUGGAGGUGAAUUUGCAGGUCAUGAAGGGAAUGCCGCACCCGUUUCUGGCGAUGGACGGGGUAUUGGAGGAGGGGAGACGGUCGAUUAGUUUGAUGGUUGAGAUGCUUAAUCUGGUUUUCCAUUAGCCGUUCAGGGGCUCUGUUUCUUUUUGUUUCCUUUGUUUAGAACAGUUCCUUAAUGUUGUAUCCUGUGGUUUCCACUAGUGGGUACAACUAGUGCCACCGAGUUAGUUCGCUUUAGGGUUCCAUAAGAUGAGGCUCGGUGCACAGACGACAUUUCAGGCCCGGCCAGCCCAAUGGGUUUAUCUCGGAGAUACUCGCUUCUGGCAUUGAUACGAGAUGCAUAUUAUGAGCCCAAUUAAGAGUCCAAUUGUUGGGUUAUGUACCGUUCUUUAUU